UUCAUCAAAGUUGUUUUACAGGAACUGAGUCUCUUACGCUAUAAGCCAUUUAAGACUAACAUUCCACGACGCCCUCUUAAAGAUUUAAAACAAGGACACAUGUGGUAAUAUUCGCAUCAUACCUGUAGCAUCAACUGCUGUUGACACCCCGUAGCCUACAGUUGAAAGAUAUCAGCACUUCAAAAGGGACGCCACAAAAGAUAAAACUGUUAAGAAGAGCCAUGGCUGUGCAACAUCAGGUAACCUCGGUGACAACCACUUACAGUUCGGGAUCUUGGAGCACUGGACUUGGUGACUGCUGUUCAGACAUGGGGACCUGCUGCUGUGCAAUGUGGUGCUUCCCCUGCAUGCAGUGCCAGACGACCUCUCAGCACGGCUGGUGUUGCUGCAUGCCUGUUCUGGACCCGCUAGCCUGCAUGGCCGUCACCAUCUGCUUGCGCAAGUCCAUCCGUGAGAAACAUGGCAUCGAGGGUUCGUUGGGGAAUGAUAUCCUCCUGUCCUGCUGCUGUUACCCUUGCACGUGGUGCCAGAUGUCCAGGGAGCUGAAGAACCGUUCCUAAACCAUCACAGUCAUCCACUAUAGAAAGACAAAGAGAUAAAUGUAGAAGAGAGAAUAUACACAAGCCAUCUCUCUCUCUCUCUCUCUCUCUCUCUCUCUCACACACACACACACACACACAUUAUAAUCUGAAAUUUGACGGCAGGAAAGUCAGUCUGGAGUAGGGAUGUAACAAUUACCGGUAUAAUGGUAAACCGUAAUAAAAAUGUUGACGAUAAUAA